GGCACCGUGACGCCACGCGCUGCUGCUGUUCCUGAUGUGGCUGCAGCAGCUACGCGCGCGCACUGACCUCCUCCUCCUACCACCACCACCGCUCUGAGACUGGAAACGGAGCGCGCGAGCGCGGAAAGACGGGAGGAGGAGGAGAGAGAGAGAGAGAGAGAGAGAGAGGGAGAGGGAGGAAGGCAGCUCGCGGACGUGGCGGCUCCGGGGGUGAGCGACGAGCCCGCGCGCUGCAGAGAGAAAGAGAGAGAGGAAACGCCAUGCACCGGGGAAACUGCAGGCUGCAGUAUCAGGGCAGAGAUCAGCAGCAUUGGCAGUAGGGGUAGUAGGUAGCGUGCUGAGGGACGAAUCCGGUGGACGAUGGCUGAGAUGGAGACGGAGUGUGUUGCGUUGGGUCUGAAUGCUCUGGCCUCGGAGUGUUUGUCACCUGCUCUGGAGCCCCUCCGUGCCGAGUGUGUGACGCCGACCCUGGCCAUGCUGAACACCCUGAGCUCGGAAGUCACAGAGCCAACGGCCAUGCUGCCCUGUGUAAAGAGCGAGCCGGACCUAGAGCUGGUACCGGUCCGCACCGUGGACGUGUCCCAAAUCCAGCCCCUGAGCACUGCCGAACUGGGAACGGAACACAUCCGGAUGGAGAUUAGUGGCCUGGAGUACAUCAAGUCAGACCUGCACUCAUUCCACAGCGCUGAGUUGGACUCGUAUAAGUCUAGUUAUGAUGCCUUUGACUACACGUCACACGACAACCUGGACUACAUCAAGUCGGAUCAGAGUUCUGACCUGCAGUGUUACUAUGCAAUGGAACUUGAAGCUAGCCGGUACGAAUAUGACUCGACGCUCGCGUCCGAGAAAUCCGAGACAUCAGAUACGGUGGAGUCCAACAUCCUUGAGUCCAUCCGAAUGGCGGAGCUCCGCACUGAGCUUAACAAGCUCCGCCCUGACGCCGUUAUCGAGUUUUCAUCUGCUCACAUGUACGACAUGCAGUCCGCAAACACAAACACCACAACCCCAGACCCUGCGAAAGCUAAAACGCAACCACGUAAACCUCGUAAUCCGACAGGUGAAAAGCCGUUCUCCUGCACACAAUGCGGAAAGAACUUCAGCACUCUGGGAAACCUGAAAACACACCAGCGGAUCCACACCGGGGAGCGGCCGUACUCCUGCUCGCAGUGCGGCAAGAGCUUCGGCCAAGCGGGCAACCUGAAACGCCACCAACUGAUACACACGGGCCAAAAACCAUACAACUGCAGCUUGUGUCCAAAAGGCUUCACCAAGGCAGAUGACCUGCGUUCGCACCAGCGUAUCCACACGGGCGAGAAGCCAUUCACCUGCGACGAGUGCGGAAAGGCCUUUUUCCACGCCAAGGAGCUUAAGACACAUCGCCUGGUCCACACGGGUGAGAGGCCAUUCUCCUGCCAGCACUGCAGCAAGGCCUUCACCAAGGAGGCCAGUUUCCGUAACCACCAGCAAAGUCACAUGGGUGAGAAGCCAUACCAGUGUACACAUUGUGGGAAGAGCUUCGGGAACUCGGGUGUGCUCAAGACUCACGAGAAGAUCCACACCGGGGUAAAACCGUUUCAAUGCACGCAGUGCGGCAAGAGCUUCGGCCGCCUCGGACACUUAAAAGCACACCAGCAGAUCCACACAGGCGAGAAACCGUACUCCUGCCCACAGUGCAGCAAGUGCUUUAGCCAGUCAGGACACCUCAAAGCACACGAACAGAUCCACAAACGAGAGAAAGCGCAAUAACACAGAACGAGUGCAGCUAAAAAGUAACGGGGCACAGGAUACAAAACAAAAUGUUCAUUUUCCCACACACACAGAAAAUAAUAGAAUUGAUAUAUUUAUAAUGGAUUCGAACGUUUUAUGUGUUUAUCUGUAAAUGUCAGAGGAUGGGAUCAGUGUGAUUAGAGUCGAGUCUGAGUCCUCACUGUAUUUGUUGACUGUAUUCAGUGGUGCACAAACUGGUAGCCCCAGCGUGAGGUAGAAGACCAGAGGUGGCGGUAAGUAAGGUGUUUAGGAGAGAACCAGUUGGUUCUUGGGGCUGUGAAAAACCUCAAUGCAGAAGCUUGCUAUUCAUUCCCAUACUGCCACUUGUGGCCAUGGUCUGGUACUCUGAAGGUCCUGCUACCUGUUACUUAGAUACCUCAUGUUUAAACACAAAGUGUUUAGCAGAACUGAAGACCUCACCAGACUUGAGAGAGAGAUACUCGAGAGAUCAUACCUCCUAGCAAACAUGUUCACAGAUUCACAUGCAGUUUGUCAAAGACACAAACACACUGUACUUCAUCGAAGACAUUCCGGAACUCAUGGACUUGCUCAUUACCUCUGUGGGGUAAUGGUACAUUCCUACACACACUUCUUAUCAGUAUUAAUGCCGACUUUAUUAGGUUCCUAUGGAACCACAGGCACAAUUGAGCUCUGACUCGGGGCUAACGAACACAUUCAAGUUUUGUUCACACACUAAAGUCCAUCUCCAAACAGAUCGUGGCAUAUGGAUAGAAUCAGAGUUGGAGAUAAGUGACAGAAGUUAAAUACAGAAGGUUUGAUGAGUUCCUCUGUCUACUUCUCAGGCGGUUGAAAUGACCACAUAUCCAGGACCAAAAUAUUCCCCCUCAGCACAUAUCUAACAUCAUGUUUUAAAACCAAAGGGACUUUGUCAUUAGAAACCUCACUGUUCCAUUACAGACCUUCUUGAUAGUAGAUCAGGUGAAACUCUGUACCAGACAGUCUUUACACGGAGUCUGAUGCAGUAACAUUGCUGAUGUUAGUAUCGCUAUAUUAGCCAACCUUCUUUCAUCAUCAUUACUGUGACCCUCCUGAUGAUGUCAGCAUGAACAGGAGCUCUGAGGUGCAGGAGAACGUCAGGUUCAGAGGCAAGCUCACAUCACUGCUCUCCAACAAACCAGUCAUAAUCACUGAUCCCACCCCCUGAGAAUGAUUGACAGUUGACCAAAAAAAGAAAUUAAACACAAAGAUACGACUGACUUUUCACAUGAACAUGAACAUAUGGUUUUAGUCUCCUGUGCUCUGUUACACACCUCUCAAAGUAUUAUCCUUUAAAGAUUCUAUAUAAUUAUAUACGUUUUCAUACCUGUUUGUGACCGAUUUGCUUUUACGCAAGUGUCUUUCUUUACUAUGUCGGGGGAGGGGGAGGGGUCUGGUAGAAAUGUUUCGUAUUUGUUUGAUCUGUUUUAGUGACAAUUUCUUUCCUACUCACCGUGAACACAUUUAUCAAGAGACCAUGUAAUUCUUUCAACAUGUACUGGAACGAGUUAUUAAAGAAACUAAUGAAACA